AUGGGAGGACUGCUUACUCGAUACAAACUCAAUGCUUCAGAUCCCUUAGUUGCCCACUUAAAAGAAGCAAGAGCAAGAGAUAUCGACGAAACCAUGGAGUAUUACACUGUCAACUACCCAAACACGUAUACUCUGAACUAUGAGGAUUUUGAUGAUUUAUUUAGUCCAAUCUUAAGCGAUGUAACUAGCUAUUUCGAUAGGCUUAGUCAGAAUACUGAACAAGUGGAUUUAUUUGAGACGCUAGCUUUGAUAGUUUUGGCCUGCCAAUCUACUGUGCAAUGGAAGGUUGAGCAUCUGUUUCAGCUGUUUGAUUUUGAUAACUCAGGAACUAUUGAUAUGAAUGAGUUAGUUAUGACUAUUGGAGCUUUUACUAGAGCUUUAGGAAAAAUAGGGACUGGGAUUGUGCCGAAUAAAUCAACUAUUUUUAAUGUAGCAAGACAAAUUUUUGACGAAAUUGAUAAAGAUGAAAGCAAAACACUGAGUUUAGAAGAAAUUCAGACAUGAACUGAAAAUAAUGAAGAAUUUCAAGAAAUUAUGGCAAUUUUGUCUUCGAGACAGUCUUUUCAGCUUGCAAAAAUCAAAUUCGAUAAAAAAAUAACGGUUUUUGAUGAAAUCUUCCAAAAAAUAGCUGAAAUCAUUGGAGGAGACAAAGUGGCGCAUAAGAAUAUUUUGAUCGAAGAGCUCGAAAAAAUAGAAGAAAUCCAAGAGCUCGAAGACGCUGAAGUUCAGCUUUUGAUCAAAAUGAUGGCUGAUGAAAAUAGUGAGCUCGUAACCGAAGACAAUUAUUUUGAAGCAAUGAAGGACUGGGUUGCUUAUUCAGUAAGUGACUUUUUGAAGACUGGAAAACUAGAUAAGGUCGAAAUCAGGGUGCUAAUGAGCUUUCAAAGAGGAAAAGAAGUGACCCUAGACAAAGUGGAAGAAGUCAUGAGGGCUGUCGACACAGAGAAGAAAGGGUAUAUUACAAGAAGAGAAUGGCUGCAAUAUGCCAGUGGCGGAGACAUUCACCAUGAAAGCAGACUUUUAAGAGGAAAUCUAAGACGAGCAUUUAACGACUGUGAUGUUGAUGGAUCUGGGUCGAUUUCUUCACUGGAAAUAGAGAAUUUAAUGAAAGAAGUCUUGAGAGGUUUAAUUUUAUCAAAAAUCGAUCAUAAUGCUGAUAUUGAUGACCUUAUUAAUGGAAUUACAAGUGAUAUCAUUCAUAUGUCAGAAAAACCUGAGCUAAGCUGGCUUGAGUUCAAGAAGUUCUUCCCAAUUAUAGAAGAAAAAAUUGACUCAACUCAAAAGUUUAUUAAAGAAUAUCUUUAA